ACAAUGAUAAAUCGAUGAAAUUACAUUUGCUUUAAAUUUCUUCCUCUUGUUUUAAUUUUUUAUUUUUGUCAGCAUAAUAUUUCUUCUCUUGUUGUUAUUUAUCUUUGAGUACCCCAACCCAACAUGAACAUGAGGAGGUGCAUAUCUUGCGAGGGCGGAUAUGAUGCCGGCACCUGCUGCAAGCAGUGCCACGAGGACCUUAAGGCCAAGGUCGCUUUUCUCACGAUGUCCCAGCCGGCUUUCUUUUCCGACGUCGUUCUGUUUGCCUCCUCCGACGAGAACUCUGUACCCAUUCCGGCCCAUAAGGGCGUUUUGAUGAAUCGUUCUCCAGUGUUGAAGGCCAUGUUUGAGAAUGAGAUGGAAGAAAGCCUGAGCGGCACCAUCAAGAUUGGCGAUGUCUCCUACGACACCCUUCGUGCCUUCGUCAACUACCUCUAUACAGCUGAGGUAUGCCUUGACCAGCAAUUGGCCUGUGAUCUCCUAGUAAUGGCUGAAAAAUACCAGGUGCAGCAUCUCAAAGACUUGUGCCAGAAGUUCUUGGUGGCCAACCUCAACUGGGACAAUGCAUUUACGAUCUAUACCUUUGCACACCACCAUGAUGCCAAGCAGAUCAUUGAUGCAGCCUUGGCGUUGAUCACAAACAAAAUGGACGAGCUUUCUGCCCGGAAGGACUAUGAGGAGCUCAAGGAGAGAGAACCACGACUUAUAUUCGAAAUAUAUGAAGCUUAUUUCUCCAAACAAGCUAACACUACAAAAAAAAUAAUCAAUAGUAGCGUUCCUUUUUUUAGAAACCCACAGGUUUGUCAGAGGAUAUAGGAACUCUAAUGUAACGGGAAAAACACUUUUUGCUAUUUCUGAUUAAUAACGCAAUGACACGUAAGAUAACUUUUUCACAUGUCAUUGUGUUAUUGGCUAGAUAUAGCAAAAAAAAUGAUAUCCCCAUUAUAUAUAAGUUUUUUUCCAGUACUACGGGUAGGUCACUACCCAUGACACUUUGGUGAGAUUUGUUGGCGUAAUAAUUGGCUUUUGUCAAUAGAGAAAAGUAGACAACAUUAUGUUGACUUUCCA